ACAACAAAAACCUACAAAAAUGGAUGUUUUUAUUUCAGAAGAGUAUGUUGUGAAGCGAAGGGUUGAGAAAAAGGCAGCUGCUGCUGGUGGAAAUGGGAAAAGUUCAAGCAUGGCGUCUGAAUCUUCUGCGAAAAGGUCCGAUGAGGAGAGGAGAAGAAAAGCUCGACCAAAUCAUGACCAUGAUGUUAUGGUUUCUAGUGGACUGAGUGAUGGCAUUGUUUUUAGCUGCUUCUCAGCCUAAUUUACUUAGAUGAUGAGAUAUUGUAUAUGCUUAUGGUGUUUUGAAAUUUUAAUAUCUUAUUAGCAGCUAGAAAUUAACUUUUAGAUCUUUUAUUACUUGAGAUAUAUGAGGGUGCAGAAAUUAUAAAGCUGAAGUUUAUUUAUGGACUUCUAAACCCUCUUUCUUUUUUUUCUUUUUUUUUUAAAUCAAUGGAGGUUAGGGGAUUUCGAAGUUGGAACCUCUUUCAAUAUUAGGAAGAGAAGUAUCACUAGAUCAAGAGUUAGCUGGUGACUUCUAAACCUUAAGUACUGAAGAGAUUUUUUCAAUCACAUUUUUAGGGUGGGAUUUGGGGAUCACACUACUCCUAUCGUGACUAUGAGAGGAGGAAACCUACCUUAUUCUCGUACACUACGACUUUCAUUCUCUCUAUCUUUCUUUUUAUGUGAUCUAUCAUGCAUGUGACAAGAAAGAUAGAGAAAGUGGGACACAAUGCAUAUGGGUAUAAAAGUAUUUAUCUUCCUUUAUAGAAAUUAUGUCAUUAUUUUCCUUCAAAUAUGGACAUCCUAAUUGAGUCAACGAAUUAAAUACCACUCUAUAGCCAAUCUUUUAAAACACAUAUUAAUUGACGGAAUAUAUUGUACUGCAGUAAUAGUUUCUUUCUAGUAAACCCUUGAGCCUCCUUCUGAGUGUUGGGGUUGGAUCUCGUCGUGACUGAAAAAAUAAAAUAAAAAUAAAGCACACAGACAACAAUGCCAAAAUUGUCAACUCAAUUUUGAGUCAACAAAAGACGCCACCAUAGCCUCGCUUUAUAAAAGUUACAUAUA